CUUUCUCAUACUUCCCCCACAUACAGAGAACACAAAGACGACUCUUUUGGUUCUUCUUCUACUCUCUCUAUCUUGUGCCCUACACCAGUUUUCUCCGCCGAUCAUCCACCGUACUUCGCUGCCGUAAUCUCCGACGAAACGCCUCAUGUUGACUGUAAUUUAAUUUCCGGUUUGGUUUAACUAUCUUUACGCAUUUGCUGGGGCUUUUAUAACACACACACACACACGCGCGCGCGGAGAUACAUGAAGAUAAAAUUAGGGGUUUUGAGCUGAAUCGUUAGAUGGGUCAGAAGAAGAAAACCCACGCGUCUCGCACCAAACAAUCUCUGUCGUCUGCGGCGGCGACGGUGACUGUCGCAGAGGUUGAGCCGUCUGAGAUUUCCGCUUGUAGCUUUUAUGAGAGGGGUUUUCCCGGACCGGAUGCUAAUGUGGAGCCGUUGGAUUCACCUGUCGUCAAGCUGGAAUGCGAGAAGGCACUCAAGUCGUUCGGGCGUGGGAGCUACAACAAGGCGAUUCGUCUUAUUAAGGAUUCCUGCUCUCGCCAUCAAGACUCUGCCCUAGCCCACCGUGUUCAGGGUACUUUGUGCGUCAAGGUUGCUGCCGUCUACGAAGACCUAGCUACCAAAAAGAAGUAUCUUCGGAAUGCUAUUGAAUCUGCUAGAAAGGCUGUGGAGCUCUCUCCCAGCUCGAUUGAGUAUGGGCAUUUUUAUGCCAACUUGCUUUAUGAGGCUGCCAACGAUGGGAGAGAGUAUGAUGAGGUCGUCCAAGAGUGCCACCGUGCUCUCUCCAUUGAAUAUCCUAUUGAUCCUGCGAAAGGGAGUCUUCAGGAUGAGACUCAGCUGAAGAUAUUGACACCUGAGGCUCGUAUUGCACAUGUCCAGGAUGAGCUCAGGUCUCUGAUACAGAAGUCUAACAUUGGCUCGUUGUCCACUUGGAUGAGUAACCUGGGCAACGGUGAAGACAAGUUUCGGUUGAUUCCCAUCAGGAGAAUGGCUGAGGAUCCUAUUGAGAGUAACUUGGUUCAGACCAGGAGGCCUAACGAGAUUAAAAAAGCUACCAAGAGUCGUGAAGAGUUAAGGAAGGAGGUUGAAGUGAGGGUAGCUGCAGCUAGGUUGAUACAGCAGAACUCAGAGUCUUCCCUGUCGGAGAAUGUUGAAAAUGUUGACAACAAGGGAUCAGAUUCAACAUUAGGCGCGGGGCAGAGACACGGGGAGAGGAGAAAGCAUGGAAAUGCGAGGAAAAACAGCUCCACAGUGGACAGAAGGGAUCGGGUUAGGUCGUACUGGGAUUCUAUGAGCAAAGAAAUGAAGAAAGAGUUGCUUAGAGUUAAGGUUAGUGAUCUUAAGAGUCACUUUAGUGCUUCAAAGGAUGGGCAAGCAAAUGAGAUUAUAAGUGAGGCACUGUCCUUUUGUGGGGGCAAUAAGACUUGGAGGUUCUGGCCUUGCUGCCAGUGCAGUGAGAUGUUCAUGAGUUCUGAAGCUCAUAUGCAGCAUAUUGUGCAGGUGCACAUGUGUAAUGUCAGGCCUAAGAUGCAAAUGGUUCUGCCUCAGAGUGUCGACACUGAUAGGAUUGAUGUACUUCUUAGUUCCCCAUGGAAACCAUUGGAUCUCUCUGCUGCAAUGAAAUUGCUUCGCAGUCAGCAGAAAAUCCAAAACUCUGAGUUUAAUAACUUUCACUCUGGCGAUAAUAUCGAAGAUGGUGACGACUGCUUCGAGGAUGCAUGGAAUGAUACUUCACCAGAGAAGGAAAGCCUUGGAGAUGCUUGCAACGGUUGUGAUGAGAAGGAAUCUGAAGAGGUUAAGCUGUCAAUUGCAUUUCCUCCUCCUGAUGGAUGGCCAUUAUCUGAUGAUCCUGAACGUGCAAAGCUCCUUGGGAAAAUACGUGCAGCCUUUGAGCAACUUAUCAGACAAAACUAUUUGGCUUCUAGCCAUCUUGAUAAGGUGAUACAGUUUACGUUGGAUAAACUCCAGAAUAUACCCGCAGUUUCGCAAUUCGUAAAUCGUAGCUUGAAUCAGUCACCCAUAUGCAUCUGCUUUUUGGGAGCUUCCCAACUCAGGAACAUUCUGAAAUUCCUGCAGGACUUGUCUCAGCCUUGUGGAUUGAGUCGAUAUUCUGAACAAAGUAAUCCCAUUAAUUUUGGCGACCUUGGUCGUGAAGUUACAGAGGAGAUUCUUUUUGAUGCUGAAGAUUCAUGUCUUCUUCUGGAUGAAAAAUUGCUUGGCACUGAGAGCAUCCAAGAGAAAUUUAUGGGCUCAGCAUUGCAUAAUGUAGUAAUAGCAAGUUCUGUAGAUAUUGCUAAUGGCAAUAAUGUGUCUUCUAGUGUGGAUGGAUUUCUUUCAUGGAUCUUCACCGGACCCUCUAGCGAGGAACAAAUUGUGUCAUGGAUACGCACAAAGGAAGACAAAACAAACCAAGGGCAGGAGAUCAUGCAGAUCCUUGAAAAAGAUUUCAGUCACUUGGAGAACCUUUGCGAGAGAAAAUGCGAACACUUAAACUACGAGGGAGCACUGCAAACUGUUGAGGACCUUUGUCUUGAAGAAGGCCGGAAGAGGGAGAUUUCAGCAGAGUUUACCCAUGAAAGCUUUGAAACUGUUCUGAGGAAACGAAGAGAAGAGCUAAAUGAGAGUGACCAUGAGUUGGUGUUUAUCAGUAGUAGGUUUGAAUUAGAUGCUAUAACAAACGUUUUGAAAGAUGCAGAAUCUCUUAACCACAAUCAAUUUGGAUAUGAAGAAUCAUAUGGCUGCGUGAGUUCUCAGCUACGUGAUCUAGAAUCUGGUGAAACUGAUGAAUGGGGGAUGAAGGAUUCCUUACAUGAGGCUGAUAGUUUCAUAGAGACUGCGAUCCAGAAACAAAAAGAACAUUUGUCCGCAGAGCUUAGCAGAAUCGACGCGCAAAUGAUGCGAAUUGUCACGGGGAUGCAGCAAUUAGAGCUAAGACUUGGACCAGUUUCCUCCAACGAUUAUCAGAUAGUAUUGUUACCGUUGGUGAAGUCCUACAUGCGGGCACAUUUGGAGGUGUUAGCAGAGAAAGAUGCCACUGAGAAGUCUGAUGCUGCAAGAGAAGCAUUACUUGUUGAGCUUGCUCUUGAUUCUAAGAAGGACGCUCGAGGAAGAAAUGACAAUUCAAAACACACGCUGGAAAAGUCCAAGGACAAGAAAAAGAUUAAAGACACUAGGAAACUGAAAGAUUUGAAGGCUACCAUUGGAAAUGACCAUCGCUCCAAUGUUGAUUCAAUUGAACACAGCCUCCUUCAGGGUGCAUCAUCUGGUGAUCAUUCAGAGGCUGACGUUGUUUCUGAAGCUGUUGAAGCUUUAAAAGAACAGGACGAAGAAUAUAGACGCCAAAUAGAGCUAGAGGAGGAGGAACGAAAACUUGAAAAAUCUUUGGAGUAUCAGAGAAGAAUUGAGGAUGAAGCCAAGGAGAAGCACAUGGCAGAACAACAAAAGAAUUAUAGCUCUUCAGUUCCCAUGAAUGUUGCAAAGGCAGUGUAUAAUGUUUGCACAGCCACAGAUUAUCUAGUUGAUGAUUUAGAUUUACAAGAACAUGCAAAAUCCAUAAAUCAGGAGAAAAGGAAUGGACGAGUUGAUGACUUGGAAGGAGCCAGAGUGAAUACAAAUGGUGUUUUCCCGUCAACAAAUCCUUGUGUGAAAUCUGAUACUGCAAAGGUGCAGGAUAUAAAAUCCCAAAAAGUAGUGUCUAAUGGCACAGCUAUGCAAGCUGGUGAUCGACGCACUGGGAGGAGAGGUAGACGCCACAAAGCUUCAAAUAAGUUAGUUGAUGGAAAAUAUCAGGUCACACCUUCUGAGACAGAGAAUAGUAAAUCUCAGUGGUCAGGUACCGACGGGGAGAGACAAUCUGAAACUCUGCGUAGCAAUGGUGAUUUGGGAACAAAGACAUUAAGACAAUUACAAGCUGAAGACGAUGAAGAAGAAAGGUUUCAAGCUGACCUUCAAAAGGCAGUGCGUCAAAGCCUUGAUGCGUACCAAGGAGGUAGAAAUAUGUCGACACUUCUGGAAGUAAACAAUGAUGGGGGUUUAUCUUAUGUUACAACGGAGUCUUGGAGCCCAACCGGAGUUCCCAUAUUUGGCACAGGUCUUCAGAAUGAAGUUGGCGAAUACAAUUGCUUUUUGAAUGUUAUCAUACAGUCUCUAUGGAAUCUGGAGUUGUUUCGAGCUGAGUUCUUACGGCGUUCAACACUAGAGCACCAUCACGUGGGAGAUCCUUGUGUUGUCUGCUCUUUGUAUGAAGUUUUUACUGCUUUAAGCGUUGCUUCGAGUGAAUCACGAAAAGAACCUGUGACUCCUUCAUCUCUUAGGAUUGCUUUGAGUAACUUGUAUCCAGAUAGCAGUUUUUUCCAAGAGGCUCAGAUGAACGAUGCGUCAGAAGUAUUAGCUGUAAUCUUCGACUGCCUUCAUCGCUCGUUUGCUCAAAGCUCAAGCCUGUCUGACACAGAAUCUGCUGAGAGCAACAGUACGGGUUCAUGGGACUGUGCCAAUCGCACAUGUAUUGCCCAUUCUCUGUUUGGAAUGGAUAUUUUUGAGCAACUGAAUUGCUACAGCUGUGGGCUGGAGUCCAGGCAUAUGAAGUACACUUCCUUUUUCCAUAACAUCAACGCUAGUGCCCUACGCACCAUGAAGGUUACAUACCCUGAGAAUUCAUUUGACGAACUUCUAAAUCUUGUCGAGGUGAACCAUCAACUAGCCUGUGAUCCCGAAACUGGUGGGUGUGGGAAACCCAACCAUAUCCACCAUAUUCUAACCACCCCACCAAAUGUUUUUACAACAGUUUUAGGGUGGCAAAACACGUGUGAGACUGUGGAAGACAUAGCAGAUACUCUUGCAGCCUUGAAUACAGAGAUAGACAUCAGCAUCAUGUAUCGUGGUCUGGACCCUAAGAGCACAUAUAGCUUAGUUUCCGUGGUUUGUUAUUAUGGACAACAUUAUCAUUGUUUUGCAUAUAGUCAUGAGCACGAUCAGUGGAUCAUGUACGAUGACAAAAACGUUAAGGUGAUCGGUAGCUGGAGUGAUGUUCUUACAAUGUCUGAAAGAGGACACUUGCAACCACAGGUUCUCUUCUACGAGAAACGCUAAAUCAAAAAGAACCAAAAGAAAAACAGCCAAGUAGAGUUCUGUUGCUACAGUUUAGGAGAUCUCGCAAGUACAUACUACCAAAGAAGUAAGUACGUUUUUUUGACAAUCAGAACGAAAACUCGAGAGGAAAGGAUGUAAUUUACUCAUCUCAGUCGUUCUAAGAGAGGAUGGGGAAGAAGAUUUUGUCUUAAGAUUAAGCAAAAGUAUUUUAAGCGGAAAGGGUCUUAGAAGACCUUAUGUAGUUUUCUUGGUUAAAUCCUUGUCACAUUAAGGAUUAUAUGUUCAUAUUAUUAUUACAUAGCCUUCUAUUUCGUCGGUCAUCUCUAUCAUCA